GUCUUUCAGGUGAUGCUUCUUGCGUGACGUAUAAUGUAGUGGACGGGACGUUUUUUCUACAACAACAUUUCAGCCACCUCGGUAGCGUUCUAGCCAAAAUGAAACCACAACUUUGAAGCUCUUUAGGCCAUUUUUGUUAAUAUUAACCUCGGUUUUUAAACACACUUAAUGCGUAUUUACUAGUUACUCUAUUUAAUUGACUAUUUACGUGUUUAGCUAAGUAACACUCGGCCAAUGCUAACUAGCUUACUUGCUAACAUCCUCGACCAUGAGCUCCCGCUACUUCCCCCGUGCUACAGAAGAGGUCUGUUGGACGAAGAAAGAAGUUAUUGUGAAAGAGGAGAAGGAAGAGGAGGCUGUCACGGUUAAAAAGGAAGUAGAGGGUGAGGCUGUUACGGUGAAAGAGGAAGAAGUUACAGUGAAAGAAGAGGAAGAAGCUUUAAGAGUGAAAGAGGAGGAUGCAGUUUUUGGAAUGAAGGAUGAGGGGGAGAUUACUGUCCCGUUGGAGGAGACUGGAGAUAUGAUUAACACCAGAGAAAGACCAGACUCGGAGGAACCAGAGACGUCCAAACCAGCAAGACGACACCACUGCUCCCAUUGUGGAAUGAAUUUUAUCCAGUUAAGGUGUCUGAAACGACAUGAGAGAAUACACACAGGGGAGAAGCCUUUCCAAUGCUUCCAGUGUGGAAAGUGUUUUUCCUUGUUAGCGAGCAUGAAAAGACAUGAAAGGAUACACACAGGGGAAAAGCCUCAUCACUGCUCCCAGUGUGGAAAGAGAUUUUUCUCAUCAGGGUGCCUGAAAAGACAUGAGAUGAUACACACAGGGGAAAAACCUCAUCACUGCUCCCAGUGUGGAAAGAGUUUUAACCGGAAAGAAUACCUGAAAGAGCAUGAGAGAUUACACACAGGGGAGAAGCGAGAUAAAUCUUUCCAAUGCUCUAAGUGCGGAAAUAAUUUUUCCUUGUUAGCGAGCCUGAAAAUACAUGAUAGAAUACACACAGGGGAGAAGCCUCAUCACUGCUCCCAGUGUGGAAAGAGUUUUAAGCUGAGAGGACAAUUGAAACAGCACGAGAUAAUACACACAGGGGAGAAGCCUUACCACUGCUCCCAAUGUGAAAAGAGUUUUUCCUGGUUGGGUCACAUGAGAAGACAUAAGAGAAUACACACAGGAGAUAAGGAUGUAGGCUGCUGAACAGUAGGACAUAGGACAGAUGUUUGCUUCUGAACAGUAGGACAUAUGACAGACAGUCGUGAAGAGGGCACGAGAAAGCCUAUUCCCCCUCAGGAGACUGAAAAGAUUUGACAUGAGUCCUCAGAUCCUCAAAAGGUUCUACAGCUGCAUCAUCGAGAGCAUCCUAACUGGUUGAAUCACUGCCUGGUACAGCAACUGCUCGGCCUCCGACCGCAAGGCACUACAGAGGGUAGUGCGUAUGGCCCAGUACAUCACCGGGGCCAAGCUUCUUGCCAUCCAGGACCUCUAAACCAGGCAGUGUCAGAGGAAGGCCCAAAGAAUUGUCAAAGACUCCAUCCACCCUAGUCGUAGACUGUUGUCUCUGCUACCACAUGGCAAGCCUUACCGGAGCGCCAAGUCUAGGUCCAAGCCAUAAGUCUCCUGAACAUCUAAUCAAAUGGCUACCCAGAGUAUUUGCAUUGCCCCCCCCCCCCCCCUCGCCUCUUUUACACUGCUGAUACUCCUUGUUAUUAUCGUCCAUGCAUACUCACUUUAAUAACUCUACCUACAUGUACAUACUGCCUCAACUAACCGGUGCCACAGCACAUUGACUCUGUACCGAUACCCCCCUGUAUAUGGUCUCACUAUUGUUAUUUUACUGCUGCUCUUUAAUUACUUGUUACUUUUUAUUAAUUUUUAUUAAUGUUUUAAAUAAAUAAAAAUUACUGAAUUGUUGGUUAGGGGCUCGUAAGUAAGCAUUUCACUGUAAAGUCUACACCUGUUGUAUUUGGUGCAUUUGACUAAUAAAAUUAGAUUUGAUAUUAAAGCUGAUCUACCCCCUAAAAAAAGAAAUAACUGUUACUGAUUAAACCCAAAAAGCACAUUCUAUUCUAUGGUUAACAACUCCUCCAUUAAGACCUGUUGUAGGUCAGUCCAACAUGAUGUCUCUAUGUGUCCUAUGGUUAAUAACUCCUCCAUUAAGACCUGUUGUAGGUCAGUCCAACAUGAUGUCUCUAUGUGUCCUAUGGUUAAUAACUCCUCCAUUAAGACCUGUUGUAGGUCAGUCCAACAAGAUGUCUCUAUGUGUCCUAUGGUUAAUAACUCCUCCAUUAAGACCUGUUGUAGGUCAGUCCAUCAUGAUGUCUCUAUGUGUCCUAUGGUUACCAACUCCUCCAUUAAGUGUGGUUGUGUGGUUGCUUUAGAAUGUGUCAAAUACAAAGAAGAUAUUCGGACGCAAAUCCACAAUGAACGUUUCUAUAGAAACCUGAGUGUUGAUUCCACACAGGUGUUCCAAUGGGAUGUUAGCUCAAAUCUGGAGCAAGCCAUAUUAUUAAAAUAUUAUUAUCAACCAUUAUUA